ACAGAAAAAUCCUUCCCCGGGAAACCCAAAGAAAACAUUAUUGUCGUCCAUGUUCCGCUUACUGUUAAAACACAAACAAAACUAGACAAUACACAGUUUGUAGUUUAAAUGUAGUGUGAAUGAUCAUUUAGAUUAUUUUUAAAUCCCGACAGAGGAACACGGUCUCUCUGUAGGUGAUGGAUCCCCUGAACAGUCUCUCCAACUUCGAGUCAGAGAUGGAGUCUGAUGGACAGGGCUCUUAUUCCCUCUUCCCAGCUUUGGACAACAUAUCGAGUCUGGCAGGAGCACAUGAGACUCUGGAGACCGAACCAUCAGGAGAAGUCGUCGACAAACCGAACCUCACAUGGCUUGACGCUGCCCAGAUUGUUCUGGAAGAGGCGGGGCGUCCGAUGCACAUCAAGGAGAUCAAGCAGAGGAUCAUCGAUCGGGGAUUGGUGCAGUCAAAUGCAAAGUCAAGCCUUGAGGCUGUGAUGUACCGUGAGACACAAAAAGGGAGCAGACGCUUCAAGAGGAUUGAGAACAGAAAUGGAGUCUUUGCUCUGUUGACUGAUGAGGAGAGACAGCAGGCUCUGCAGGCCUUUUCUGCGCAAUCAGCCUUCUCGAGCUCGGGUUCCUCUCUGCCCUCUGGUUCCCCUCACGGCCACUCGGAGCACAGGCCAAGACUCAAAAAGGCUCUCCGCAAGAACCAGACCGAGAAGUACAGGCUUAAGUACCUCCGUCUCCGGAAGGCUGCUCGCGCCAUGAUCUUUGAGAAUGCAGCACUAGGUGAUGAGGUCGCCCGCUUGGAGGAGAAAUUUGUUCGGGCAAAGGAAGAGAGGAGGUUCUUGCUGAAGACUCUAUUGCAGUACCAGUCGUUGGCGGAAGGCGAGCUGCUCCCAACCCCUGGGAGCAGUGCUCACACUCCCGCCUCCUUCAGCUCCAGUGCAGCAGGUGGCGCUGUCGUACCCACAGGCCAAAGCCAGGUUUCUGGACCUUCAGGGCCUGACGAUGGCUUUCCGAAGAAACCCAAGAAAGAACGAAAGGAACGAGGGAAGGAGAAUGGAAGAGAAGAAGUGACCAAAAAGAUGUCCAAGAAAAGGAAAAUGGCCGAGGGUGGAAAGCGUAAAGUGGUCCAGCCCAUCCCACUGGACUCCUCUGGCAGGCCUGUGUUUCCCAUCGUAUUGGGAGGGCUCACUGUCUACAGCCUGGGCGAGAUCAUCACCGAUAGAGUUCACUUCCAUGAUGAAAGCGCCAUUUACCCGGUAGGCUUCUGCAGCACGAGAGUGUUUGCCAGCGUGAAGAACCCGGAGCAGCAGUGCCUCUAUACCUGUCAGAUUAAAGAUGGCAACCAGGGACCACAGUUUGAGAUCGUACCUGAAGAUGACCCACAGAACUCCAUCGUGGCCUUGUCAGCUCUGAGCUGCCAUGCAGAUCUGCUGAAAGCCAUCGCUGUUAAGAGAGGCAAGCCUUUGACCAACAUCAUCCCCACUGGCGCGGACUUCUUCGGUUUCUCGGACCCGACCAUUCAGAACUUGAUUCAGAGCUGUCCAGGAGCUCGCAAGUGCAGCAAUUAUCAGUGGGUGCGCUUCGAGGUGUGUCGACCCGGAGACGGACACGUCUCCUCUCACACACUGUCCGAGGAUGACGCGUCGGUCAAUUUUGAAGCCUUUCAGCGCCUGCUGCAUGGCGAGGACCUCGGGAGCAAUCAAGGACUGCCUACAGACCAGAGCAAUACAGUGCGACCCACACAAUCCAGCGUCUCAUCACAUCAACACUUACUGAGUUCAGCAUCUCUACAGACACCUGCAGGGGGCUCUCUUUCCACCGCCUGACCUCACACCCUGCUACAAAAGCUUAUUUAUCAUAUUGAACCCAGUAAUAUAAAGUGGAUCGGAUCGGUUCGGCUUGUUAAAGCUCUGCUGUCUAUAUACGCGUAGUAGAUCAGACACGUCAGCUCGUUGCUCACAACAGGAGUGAAAUAGACACUUUAAUAUUAUACGUAUACAUGCAUAUAAUAACAUUAUCUACAGGUUUCAAAGUUCAGUAGGUCAGUACCGCUUGACUUCCAAGUUGCCAUAUUGUAAAGCGUGCUUAUGUGCUUUAAUCAUUUGCAUCAUUUUUAUUUUACAUCCUCUGAGUGAUUCAAGACAGAACAGUGUGCACCGAUCAGGUUCAGCCCUAAAGCUUAUUUUUCUUUCAGGUUCAUACAGUUUCGUGUUGUCAAGCCUGUUCUGAGAGCCUGAAUGCUGUUAGUGCUACUUAGCUUUUGUUACACCGCUGUAAUCUUAAGUAAUAUUCUGGACGUACAGCACUGUGCAAAAAAAAAAAAAAAAAAAAAAAAAGGCCUAUUUUUUAAUACAAAUUUUGUUGUAGAUGUUCUUUUAUGACAAAAAAAAAUGCAGAUUAGAUGUUCAAAGAACAAUAAAUGUCGCAGAAAGAAGUUUGUAUGUCAGCGAGCAAAGCAACAUAUGUAACAAACCACAAAAAACAAUGAAGGACACUGGGUUUUGCAUGCGAAAAUAGAGAGAGAGAGAAAAAAAGAAGGUAGUGCUACAGUGAAAGAACUUUCCAAGACGCUCAGUAAAACUU